CCUCCAAAUGGUAGGACCUCGAGGAAGAAGGAGUUUUCUCUCUCUCUCUCUCUCUCUCUCUCUCUCUCUCUCUCUCCCUCAAUCGAUCAAUCUAUCUAUCUAUAUAGUAGGCAAAAUCCUAUCCGUCGAUUAACAAUACCACAAUCGCUUGAUUUUUCAGAUGCACUGCUAGCGGACCUGCAGAACACGGUAUCGCCGGAUACUAGCCUGAUCGGGACCGGAAGCACGCCCGGUUACGGCUCCCUGAACGGGGCUCGUGGCCACGGCCCGGGACCUGCCGCAUACAAGUCGCACGAGAACCGCGGGACACCGCCACUCCAGUCUCGAUCGCCGACAUACCAAAAUCGAGAAGUAAUAGAGGAAAAUGCUAUCGCAAGGGCGGUAGUUUCAAAUUCUAUCGGUGGACAAUACAAUCAAGGUGGAACAACAAUGGCAAAAAUGCCAUCCUUAAAUAACAAUCUUUCCGAGCUGGACACUCUAUUGCAAGAUUUGAGCAACGCUCGAUACAAUUCUCAUUCACACGAUAGAGAGAUUCUAUCGACUAAUGGAGGAACGACGAGUCCGAUCCUGCGCUCAUCCAACAGCUUAUCCGGGGUCAGACCGACUGUCGACACCUUACUGGAGGAGCUCAGCACGGGACUACCGAACGGGGACUAUCCGUCCGAGGCCCAACGCGUGAAGGUGACCAUCCAGGAGACGUCGACGGAGGUAGAAUCGACUCCCGGCGGAGAGCUUUACUAUCCGUCGAAUUCGCACAGCUCGCUAAGUAGGCGCGACGUCGAGCACAGCUACACCAUAACCAGCAAUGGCCACACAGCCAGCAACGCCACCAAGGAACUCGACGACCUCAUGGCCUCUCUCUCGGAAUUCAAGAUCAACGGCAGUAACCACCAGCGGCAGACGGUAACCGAUUCGCCGUACGCCAAGCCGAACAAGGCCACCGUAAAUUCGAGCAGUCCGCUGCCGGGCUCGGGAUCGUCGACGAGAGUCCACGUGACUGAGAGCCGCACUAGCCAUCACUACCAACCGCAGUACGAGAGUCAUACGGCGACCGCCCAGUCGGUCACCCACGUCAAACAGAACCAGUUGGAUUCUAUGCUUGGUAAUCUCCAAGCAGACAUGAGCCGCCAAGGAGUUAAUACGACCCAGAAGGGAUGCUGCAGCGCCUGCGAGAAGCCCAUCGUCGGACAGGUGAUAACAGCGCUUGGCAAGACCUGGCACCCGGAGCACUUCACCUGCACGCACUGCAACCAGGAACUCGGCACCAGGAACUUCUUCGAGCGCGAGGGUCGACCCUACUGCGAGCCGGACUACCACAAUCUCUUCUCGCCUCGAUGCGCCUACUGCAACGGGCCCAUACUUGAUAAAUGCGUGACCGCCCUGGAGAAGACCUGGCACACGGAGCACUUUUUCUGCGCCCAAUGUGGCAAGCAGUUCGGCGAGGAGGGCUUCCACGAGAGGGACGGCAAGCCCUACUGCCGCGACGACUACUUUGACAUGUUCGCCCCCAAGUGCGGCGGCUGCAACCGCGCCAUCAUGGAGAACUACAUAUCGGCCCUCAAUAGCCAGUGGCACCCGGACUGUUUCGUUUGCCGGGAUUGCCGGCAAAAGUUUCAAGGUGGUUCCUUUUUCGAUCACGAGGGUCUGCCAUAUUGCGAGACGCACUAUCACGCCAAAAGAGGAUCGCUUUGUGCCGGAUGCCAUAAGCCUAUUACAGGUCGCUGCAUAACCGCCAUGUUCCGCAAAUUCCACCCCGAGCACUUCGUCUGCGCGUUCUGCCUGAAACAGCUGAACAAGGGCACGUUCAAGGAGCAGAACGAUAAGCCCUACUGCCACGGCUGCUUCGAGAAGCUCUUCGGCUGAGGGCCAGCAUAACCCCGGCGCACCCACCAGGAAGAUCCUCGAGAGCGUGAAGCGGCGACGGCCGAUGGCGUAGGUGUCGCGUAGGCGAGAGAGUAGGGCGCGUGAUGCGUCGCUCGGGCCAUCGAUUUGCUAUAUUAAUAUAUAACGCCGCGAUUAUUCUAUUUCCUAAGGAUAAUGAUUCUAGAGUCUUAGAUGUAGCCCGAGAUCGAGGUCAAGGCGCACCGAGUCGCCCCCUUGGCUCGAAUUAACAUUUUAGCGGGCGUAAGGUUCAAGUAUUGUUAAAGCGUGCGUCGCGGGCAAGAGAAAUUUUGCAUUACACCCGGGGAUAAGCGAA